GAAAGAAGUGAGAGAUUUGUUUGGCUGGUCUUAACGGUUUGCUGUGUGGGGUGCGUCUGCAGGAAGUACAAGCCCGAGUUUGACAAGCUGAAGAUCUGGUACGAGCACAGGCUGAUCGACGACAUGGUGGCUCAGGUGCUCAAGUCAUCAGGAGCCUUCGUCUGGGCCUGCAAGAACUACGACGGAGACGUGCAGUCUGACAUCCUCGCACAGGGCUUCGGAUCUCUGGGUCUGAUGACCUCUGUGCUGGUGUGCCCUGACGGCAAGACCAUUGAGGCAGAGGCGGCCCACGGAACAGUCACCAGGCACUACCGCGAGCACCAGAAGGGAAGGCCAACCAGCACCAAUCCCAUUGCCAGCAUCUUCGCCUGGACACGGGGCCUGGAGCACCGCGGCAAGCUCGACGGAAACCCCGACCUCAUCAAGUUCGCCCUGACCCUUGAGAAGGUGUGUGUGGACACUGUUGAGAGUGGCGUCAUGACCAAGGAUCUCGCUGGCUGCAUCCACGGCCUCUCCAAGGUGAAGCUGAACGAGCACUUUGUUAACACCACAGACUUCCUGGAUGCCAUUAAGAGCAACCUGGACAAGGCUCUGGGCAAAUGAAGGAGCUCCUGAGGACACGCCAUGACACCACGCUAGCCCGCCACAGGACACGUGACAGCCAACUGUGUCAUUUUCAUUUCAGCUUUUGUACCUCAUUUUUAACUUAAGGAAAGGUCAUGAAAAACCACAUACAUUUUGUUGAAGGGAGAACUUAUUAAAUAAAUCAGUUUAAAAAAAGAAUGAAAUCUUGAAUCAGUAGUGUGAAGAAGAGAGGAGGAGGAGGAAAAAAAAAGAAAAACGUCCUGCUGUUCCCACCAUCAAGUGACUGUCAUUUGCCCUUCCCUGCAGUUGCAAGGUUCUUUAUUUUUGUAAAAUGAAGUACUGUACUGUACCGUACCUUCCUCAUACUGUAUAUUACCAUGAUCCAUUUUAUGGGCCUUUGUCUAAUAAAUCUUCUUAGAUGUUUGGAUCCA